GUGUGCAGAUGUGUCAAACACACUGAGCACAUCAACAUGUUUUUAAAAUGGACUACAAACUGUCUUUUAUUUUUGACUUUAAUUUAUCUUCCACAUACAGGCGGAAGGAAUGUUUCCACAGUAAUCAAAGGAGAAACUGUGCAUCUGCCCUGCCAGUCACCUAAAGACAGUGAUCAAUUUAAUGUAGAGUGGACAAAAUAUAGUACAAAUAGUACCACUAUUUGUAAAUGGAUGAUUAAUAAAGAUACUGUAUCUCCCAUCAGUGAAUGCGCUCCUCGUUUUACAUUAACCAGAGAGCCUUUAAAAAUACAAAUAAAAGACGUUCAGCCCAGUGACUCUGGUUAUCACAGCUGUAAAACGACAAGAAUAAUUCCACCACCAUCAUUGGACUACUUCACAAAUAUGACACUCCAAGUUGUAGUAGUUGUUCCACAUCUGCAGAAAUUGAACAGCAGUAAUGACACCUGUCUCCAUCUGCUCUGCUCUGUGGAGGGUCUGACAACUGAGGUGAACUUCACCUGGAGCCAGGGUGAAAGGUCACUUCAUCCAUUCACAUCUUAUUACAUGAACAGCGAGCUGCGUCUGUGUAAACCUGACUGGCGUGAAGGAGAGACAAUCACCUGUUAUGCCAGAUACUCAAGUACACAAACCCAUAGAAGUAUAAAAGUCACCUCAGAGACACCUUCUGACAAAGCUGUUGACAGUGUGCCGUUCCAGCUGCUGAUCAUCUCAUGCAGUGCUGCUGCAGGCCUCAUCUUCUGCAGCAUCCUCACGGUUGUUAUUUGCAAAUGCAGAAAGCAAGACGAACAUGGAUCUGUAGUGUUCAGCAAUAAAGUCUAUGAGAACUUCAGUUUCGCCAUGGGCCGUCAGAACAUGCAGUCCAAUGACAAACCACAGCCAGAAGAGUGUAUUUAUGAGAACUAACUGCUGCUGCUGCUGCUUACAUAACCUUUGCUUUAAAGCCAGAUCGGCCCAGUUGUUACGAAGGCAGUACUUAGUCUUUUGCUAAGAUAUAUUUGAUGGUGCACUGCGAAUGUGAAGCAAACGGUCACUGCAUUGUUUACAAACAAUAUUUUUUCUAGUAACUGUUUUUAUUUUUUUUAGCACUGUAGGUGCACUGAACUGUUAUGUCUGUUAAAUUAAUUUAAAUUAUGAUAAUAAGCAGGGACCUUAUAUCCGUUUUCUCAGAUACAAUGCAAAGGCAUUAUUAAAGUCUCUCUUAGCACUUUUUGUUGUAAGACUUUUGUUUUUGAUAUGGUAUUUAGACUGUCUAUAUUGCAAUAUG